UAAUGGGUAAUGAUAAAAAUAUUUUGUCAAAAGUUGCUAACAUUCCUCUAAAGCAACCAGGCUUUGACGCUUUAGAUGUUUCUGCACCAGUGUUAGUGCAGAUGAAUCCAAAUGGCAAAUGGGAAAAUUGUAAGCCAGGGGACCUCGAUGAAGAGCGGCUCAAGAGUAUUGUUCAACAUUUAGUGAAAUCGAAAGCGAUUUCCGCAGCACAGAGCUACUGCUGCCAGUGUGCCUCAGAAAACCAAAGAGAUUCCGGUGGUAAAUCCAAUUACGUACCUGUAAUUAUGAUGCCUAUAUAUUCCGCAGACGAAUGUCCAUUUGAUUUGGACUGUGAGAUAAAAAAAAUGAAAGAAGCGGAAAGUGGUACGAAACCAACAAAGAAAGAAAAAGUUCAACAAUUAGAAAAAGAAUCCGAAAAGGAUAAAGAUAAGAAAAAAACUAAAAAGCGAGGAUUUGUUUUACAACGGUUAACGGACUUCGAUUUACUUUCUCAAUGGUAGUAGGUACCUAUAACAAGUUUUUGAAGACUCGUGAUCACAGAAAACCUAUUAUCUACUGCUGCUCGUGAUUGUGUAGAGCAAAACUAAUGUCAAAAACAGCAACUGUAGCAAAAAAGUGAUGUUGAUGAGUAAUAAAAUAGUGUUGUGGAAGCGUUAAAAAUAUUAAACAAAAUGGUUUUAUUAGAAAUGACGAACUUUCACAUAAAAGUAUAAAAAAUAAACAAUAC